GAAGUGAUCAUCACAAGGGCGCAGCUUUUAGACAAAACACUGCCAUUGAAUCAUUUUUAUUCUAUUCGUUAUUGAAGCACAAAUUUGAUACUAAAGCAUUUUCCCAUAUAAGGCGUUAGGACAUAUGGUGAAAAGGGCGAAAAGACAAAUCUUGGGUCAUCAAUCGCCGUAUAAGACGUCUCAACUCUCGCCAUGUCCAUACCAAACAACCUCAUCAAUCGCUCCUCAUUCUCCGCAGCCGACAUCGUCAAGGAAAUUUGGACCAGCGUCCAUCUCCCUCCUCACGCCCUCUCAUCCCUCACCCUUCCAGGCCAUCAAGCCGCUCCGGCCGCUCCCUCAUCUUUCAAGAUCGGCCAUCUUGCACAGAGCUCCAUUGCCCUCUCAGCCCUCUCAGCAUCUCUCCUACACAGCACACGCUCUUCGCCCCCAUCAUCCAUAAUACCUCGAGUGAGCGUUCCCCUCGAGCACGCCGUAGUAGAAUUCAAAUCAGAGCGUCUCUACGACAUCGACAAACAGCCCCUGGAAGACCCCUGGGGGUCCAUCGGUGGCCUGCACAAAACAGCAGACGGCUUCGUCCGCAUCCACGACAACUUCCCCUGCCACGCACUCGGCACACUUGAACUCCUCGGCCUCCCCCCAGAUGCCUCCCGCCAAGAUGUCGCCGCCAAAGUAGCCCAAUGGAAGAGCGUUGACCUCGAAACCGCCGGCACAGAGAAGGGCAAGCUCGUCAUCUACGCCCUACGCACAUACAGCGAAUGGGAUGCCCAUCCUCAAUCCGCAGCCAUAGACAACAACCCCAUUCUCGUCAGGCAGUUUGCUCAGGGCCCGCCAAAGAACUUAUCCACGACCAAUAGCAACAGCCGCUGCCUCCAAGGCGUCAGAGUACUCGAAAUGAGCCGCGUCAUUGCCGCCCCCGUAGCCGGCAAGGCACUCGCCGCUCACGGCGCCGACGUCUUGUGGGUAACAUCGCCGAAUCUGCCGAAUCAACCCGUGCUCGACAGGGACCUCAGCCGCGGCAAACGCACCAUCCGCCUAGACAUACACAAUGCGGAUGAAAAAGACCGCCUUCUGGAGCUGCUUCGCACCUGUGACGUCUUCAUCCAGGGGUAUCGUCCAGGGAGUCUCGCCUCCUACGGCUUCUCGCCGGAGGAGCUCCAAAAGAUCAAUCCAAACAUUAUUUGCGCCAACUUAUCUGCGUUUGGGCCCUCGGGCCCAUGGUCUCAACGCCGGGGGUUCGAUUCUCUCGUCCAGACCUGCUCUGGGAUGAACAUUUCCGAAGCAGAGCACUUUGGCGCCGGGGAAACAGCCCGCGCUUUACCCUGCCAAGCUCUCGACCACGCAGGCGGGUAUCUUCUCGCCACGGGCGUCAUGGCCGCGUUAUAUAAACGCUCCCAGAUUGGGGGAUCUUGGGUUGUGGAUGUUUCGCUGGCGGGUGUGAUGAAGUAUCUACGCAGUCUGGGGCAGUAUCCCGGCAAGACGGGCUUUGAGACUCGAGAUUUCGUGACGCAGGCAGAUGUGCCGGCGGAGUAUUAUGAGACGAGAGAUACGGCAUUUGGGAAAAUGACUGCGGUAAGACAUAGUGCUAGUGUUGAGGGAUGUAAGGUUGGAUGGGAGGAAAUGCCGAAGCCUUUAGGAUCAGACGAGGCGAACUGGCUAUAGAUGGUGUCGUU